GCUCAAUAGUAGACAUCUCUCAAGUCUCUCUUGAAGGCAGGACUUUGCAGGGUAGGUCUGCGGCGUAUGUAUCAUUAAUACCUUAUGCUUUUGAUUGAUGCGAUGCUAAACAAACAUGGGUUGAUUUCCGCCCACGGUCCCUCUGUUUCGUCCGAGGUUUGUAAUCAGCCCUUACAAACUACUUGCAGUGGGAUAACAGACCGAUAGGCGCCUAUUCCCCUCUUUCUUUCAGCUACCUAGGUCCUCUGCGUCAAAACUGCCUUCUCACAAACCCAUCUCACCUUGACCUUGGCCCACUUUCACAACUGUCAGAAGCUUGAACACUGGUAGCUCCGAAGGCAUAAAGAGCAUCUGUCGCUCUUUUUACCGGCGUGCAAGGCCUCGCACCACGCUCACUCAAAUGUCUCCUACCGAAAAAGCAUGCCUCCUUGCUUCACUUAUCUCUUCAACGCUAACCUGCCCGCAGAGCACUCCAGAAGCCAGAAUGCCGAAAGAGUCGAAGCCAACCCCCCGACUGGCAGUCAGUGCUGCCAUUAACGGCGCAAGCGAAUGGCUAGCUACAUGUACGCCGACCAAGGUGGCAGCUACAUCGAGCACGGUGCACAUACACACAACGCCAAUCUUGAAAGAGCAACAGAAGGGACUGACUCUCCAACUGGGGCUUUCGCCAGAAACCCCUGAUGGUGGCCGCUUUGGCGAUGACCAGUGCACAAGCAAGCAUCCCUCCAUGCCUACGACUGCGCAAUCUGUUAUCGUUAGCUCAGCCCAUUCGGACAUUGGUGAUCAAUCCUCGGAUGACCAUAUACAUGAUGCGUCAAACGAAGCACAAAGUUUGCAACUCAAGGCGAAAUCCUCUACAGCUGCAUUCUCCCAUAAAGAUGAUCGGACUUUGUUUGGGCAAGACUCCAAGGGAAGUCCAGCAGAAUUGUCGUUGAACAGCGACAAUGGACACGAUGAGUGUUCUCUGAGAGCUGACGGACUUGAUUCAUGGGAGAGCGAUGGAUCUCAACCAAAGUCUGCACAUUUUGUACACGCAUGGCUCCAGGCGAUUCGCGUCUCGAAGUGCACUGAUCUCACUGCCAGGCUUAGCGACCCAGACAGGCAGCAUCAGGACAUCGACACCGAAUCAGGCGAAUUUCUUCAACCGUGUCAGCACCCCAGCACGGUGCCGUUCCCUGACUUGGAUGAGGAUGCUGGAAUGCAGUGGAAGCGCCAAAACAUGACACCGGCCCUUCACAUCAGAGAAGAUCUGGACCUCAGAAGAAGAGUGGCCUACCAGAAACAACAGAGAGAGAUUGACCAAGAAUGGGCACGACGCGAAGCUGAGCGCACCCCUUCUCCGACGUGGCCACAGUCAGACUAUCCUAUUCGGCCGGCUGUCAUCGGAGACAUGGCGAAGAUUGCAGAGAUCAUGACAAUGGAGAGCCAGGCUGAGAAGGCGCCCCAGAUCAUCGCAUCGGCUCCAAUCACUGCGGAGGACGUCCGCUACAUCUUCGACAGGAGCAUCAGCAAUUAUCGGCCUUUUGUUGUCGCUUUCCAGGAGGACGUCUUGCUGCAUCUCCACAGCUGGCCCAAGGGUAGCGAGAAGGCCCAUGAAGAAUAUGUCAAGUUUCGAGCUGCCCAGCCAUGCGAGGCCGAAAAGGUGGUAGGAUUUGCUUUCGUCGAUGAGGCUCGCGUAGGCUUUUUGCAAACAGCAUGCCCUGGGUCCCGCCACUCGGGUCAGAUUCGUGUCGUGGUGCACCCAGAAUAUCGCCGUCAGAAGAUUGGCCAGAGCUUGCUGGACUGUGUCCUGACGCGGAUCAUCACAGGGUACCAGAGCCAAAUCGACUACAAGUGGGAGUGUGCGGAUGAGAUGUCCAUCUAUUCGCGGAUGCGGAACUUCAACGUCCGCGACUAUGCCCACCUCUUUGUGGAAGUACUUGUGCAACGCGGGGAGAAGGCAGAUGGUGCCUGGCAGUCUGGGCUGCUGGAGAAGCUCGACUUUGAACAGGUCGCUCACCUCGACAUGGCUGUACGAACCGACCGUGGGAGCGACAGUGCCUGGCUCGAUCUGCAGCUGUGGCAGUUGAAUACGGGUGUAGUUGUGCGCGACAAGGCUCCUGGGGCUUAUUUGGAAGAUGUGUGAUCGCCUGUACGAUGGGGGUUGGAGGGUUGGACGUGGUGGGAAGAGUACAUGUAUGUACGCUGAUCCGUGUGAGACUAUGGAAAAUACACCCUAGGGGUUAUUGUUUGAGAUUUCUGAACAAUUGAAAACACUUGGCUCUUGACAGUCGUGCCACCUUCUAAUUCAAAACGAGUCCCCACACCCAAUACCUUGU